UGGAACGUGCAGAGGAGCAUAAUCGUUGUGGUGGACUGACAGUUCGACAGUACAAGUACAUCAGCUCGCUGCCAAACACGUCCCUGGACCUGCAGGAUAGUGUGGAGACGCAGGACGCGUCCACUUUCAUCUGGGAGGAGUCUUCAAAGGCUGCUAAUGCAAUCCUGGUUAUUUAUCUUCGAGCUGAAGCCGAAGAAAGGAAGAGGACCCAAGUGGCUGGUUCAUUGUGAUCAUCUGACCGGACUGAAGGAGUCUGUUUGGGUCUGAUCUAAAGGCAUCAUGGAGGACGACCUGAUGUUUACCAUGGAGGAGGUCGGCAGCGCUCAGAGACCCUCCGAGCAGCGGAAUGGCAUCAAACCGCGACCUUCCUCCCUUGGCAACGGCAGCGAUGAUGAGGAUGACGAGGAACACUUCAUCUCACCCAUCCUGGGUGACUCUGCCAAAGAGACCUGCCACUACCUGAAAAAUCUGGUUUACACCAGACAGCUGUCAAACUCUCUCCCUAAAACCAACUUUCUGUACAAGCAUGAGCCAGAGGCAGAGGCUCGCUCGUACACUGUUGUGUCUGAGAGCGCACGGGCGGCGUGGAAACAUGCCAUCGAAAAGGCCCGAGCCAUGCCCGACCCCUGGGCACAGUUUCAUCUGGAGGAGAUUCCAACCGAGUCCUGUGCGCGGUACAGGUACAAUGCCAUCACAGGGGAAUGGCAUCAAGACCAGAUUCACAUCAAAAUGGGUUCACAGCCGUUUGGAAAGGGGGCCAUGAGGGAGUGCUUCAGAUCGAAGAAGUUGUCAAAUUUUUCUCACAGCAGCAACUGGAAGUCGGCGUCCAACUAUGUGGCGAAGCGCUACAUGGAGGAGGUGGACAGGGACGUGUACUUUGAGGACGUCAGGCUGCAGAUGGAGGCCAAACUCUGGGGAGAGGAGUACAAUCGACACAGACCUCCCAAACAGGUUGACAUCAUGCAGAUGUGUGUGGUGGAGAUGACGAACAGACCCGGUAAACCUCUGUUCCACCUCGAGCAUUACAUCGAGGGCAAGUACAUCAAAUACAACUCCAACUCUGGCUUUGUCAGGGACGACAACAUCAGACUCACUCCACAGGCUUUCAGUCACUUCACCUUUGAGCGUUCGGGCCACCAGCUGAUCGUGGUGGACAUCCAGGGAGUGGGAGAUCUGUACACGGAUCCUCAGGUCCACACCGAGAAGGGGACUGACUUCGGAGAUGGAAAUCUAGGUGUGCGGGGCAUGGCUCUGUUCUUCCACUCCCACAUGUGCAACAAGAUCUGCAAGAGCAUGGGCCUGACCCCGUUCGACCUUUCCCCGCCCGAGACGUCCCAGCUGGACGGCACCAACAAACUUCUUAAGAGCGCGCAGACGGUGCUGAGGGGCUGCGAGGAGCAGUGUGGCUCGCCGAGAGUUCGGACUUGGUCGGCCAGCCGGGCGCCGCCGCUCUUCUCUCGCCUGUCCGAGACCUCAUCAGCCGACGAGAGCAUGAGUGACGCAGAGUCCAUCCCCUGCUCACCCCUUAAUCCUCCCUUCACAACAGUCGGAUCUCUGGGCUUAUCUUUUACUGGCAUGAAUGAACACGAAAGAUUCUACACUAACAAUCAAGGGGAGCACAAGGACUCAGAAAGCGGAGGAGACAGCGGCUAUCCCAGCGAGAGGAGGAGCGAGCCAGACUCCAGCGACCACAUGGAUGGGGUGCACCAACGUAACCACAGACCUUACUCAGAGUCGGAUGAGGACAGUAUCAGACGGAGGAAGAUGGUAGCUCCUCCAAGAGUCUCCGCAAACUUUAGCUCAUACAGUCCCAUCAGUGAAGCGCUGACGGAGGAGAAGUGGAGCUUCUUCCAUUCAUCUCGCUCUCAUGUCCACCGCCCGUCCUGUGUGGCGACAGAAGUGGAGCGCCUCAACACUCUGCUGCAGAAGAAGAUCGGACAGUCAAUUCUGGGAAAGGUCCAUCUGGCAUUGGUCCGGUACCAUGAAGCAGGACGCUUCUGCGAGAAAGACGAGCAGUGGGAUGAGAGGUCCGCCAUGUUCCACCUGGAGAGAGCCGCGCUGUGUGGCGAGCUGGAGGCCAUCGUAGCUUUAGGACAGUGCUACCUGCAGCUGCCGCAUCACAUACUGCCUGACAUGGAGGUGGAGGACAACGCGGGAAACCGGAUGAAAGGUUUCAAGUAUCUGCUGCAGGCAGCUGAGGCUGGAGACAGGUCCUCCAUGAUCAUCGUGGCCAGAGCCUUUGAUAGUGGAGUCAAUCUGUCGGCUGACAGAAAACAAGACUGGGCCGAAGCGAUUCACUGGUAUGAACAUGCGCUGAACAUGACGGACUAUGACGAAGGCGGGGAGUUCGACGGCACGCAGGAUGAGCCGCGAUACCUGCUGCUGGCCAGGGAGGCGGAGAUGUACCAGAAGGGAGGCCACAACCUGGACGCAGACCCACAGAGGGCAGGUGACCUGUUCACAGAGGCUGCUGAAGCUGCCAUGGCCGCUAUGAAAGGCCGUCUGGCCAACCAGUACUACAUGAAGGCUGAAGAGGCCUGGGCAGAAGUUGAGGAGUAAUUCCUUAAUUUAAAGAAGUGGGAAUGUUUUCUGUUUUGACUGUUUGUCGAUUUUUUAAAAUUAAAUUUAGUUUAAUGCUUGAAUGAUUUGGGAUAAUCUAUUUUUAUGGCAGAAUGUUUGCCGGAUUGGGUGUGUGAAUGUGUGCGGUUGAUGCUGAUGAUCAUUUUGUCGGUUUAAAUGUGAAACUAAUCAUCCUGACCUCUUUUCCUUCUCAUUUCCUGUCUUUGGUUAAUUUAAAUUAAUGCGGUUGUGUAAAAUAAAGAGUUUAUUUUAAAGAAAAUGGAACAAAGAAAACUGUUUACUUAUUUUCUUUCAGAAACGUUUAUGCAUUUAUGUCUGAAAGAUGUGUGUACAAUAUAUGUAAAAGAAUUGAAAAUAAAGUUUGCAUUGGUUUAUAUGAGA